ACCCAUGAUCUAAGACUGACCCAUCAACCCAAUUAAUAAUAGGUAAUACUGGUGCGAUUAAGAAACGAAAAGAACAAAACGAGAGAAACACUCUCGAAGAAGAGAGAAAAAAUUGCGCCAUUGUGGGUGGGAUUACAAGUACAACUGCUGUUGACAACUAGAAUUUUAUUGAGUCAAUUUCCACCACAAAGUUGUUCUUGUAAUGGAUAUAAUCUCUCAGCUACAAGAACAAGUUAAUUUGAUUGCAAACUUAGCUUUAAAUACCGUCGGAACAUUGCAAAGGGAUGCUCCUCCUAACCGCCUCUCGCCAAAUUACCCCGAACCACCUCCACAUCCUACGGAGGACGGGGCAAAUUUUUCUGAAGAACCGAAGCUCAUGGGUGCUUCUUUGGUCAAGGCUGCUAAGCAGUUUGAUUUACUGGUUGCAUCACUUCCAAUAUCUGAGACAGGUGAAGAAGCACAACUUAAGAGGAUUGCAGAACUACAAGCUGAAAAUGACGCAGUAGGCCAAGAACUUCAGAAGCAAUUGGAAGCUGCAGAGAAAGAAUUAAAUCAGGUUCAGGAGUUGUAUAGACAAGCAACAGAUAAUUGUUUGAACUUGAAGAAACCAGAUGUCAAUUAGAGUUACUUGUGUUGCUAGCGAGUUCGGAGAAGAAUCUGACAUAAGCUUAUCUCAUCUCAACUCAAUGAGGGCCUGCUACCGGAAGAUUUUACUUUUUAUCAAAAGUCUUUUUACAAGAAAUAGCUAUGUUCUUUCAUAUAUUGUAAGUUGCUUAUGUCGCAUAACAUUUUUUAGAAACUUUAAAGAUAAUGGUCAUUUGCUUCUUCCGAAUCAAAAACUUAUUUCAGAGGUAUUUAUAUAAACAUCAUCUAAUUCAUGAGGAUUUCUCAGAUGUUUUUUCAGUCUGAUGGUUUAGUCUGGAUAAAUUUUUGUAGGAAAUAGGUAGAACAAAAGUCUUUUAAAUGUUAGUUUUUCUUAAAAGUGUUUUUAA